AUGAAGGGGCAGUUCAAGAAGGAUGCAGAGGUCCAAGAAGAUAUUCAGUUAUUAAAGAAACUAAACAUGGACGGUUUCAGGUUCUCUAUUUCAUGGCCCCGAAUAUUUCCUCAUGGGAGAAAGGAUAAGGGCAUUAGCAAAGUGGGUGUCAAGUUUUACCAUGAUCUUAUAGACGAGCUCCUUUCAAAUGGCAUAACUCCUCUAGCUACGGUCUUCCAUUGGGACAUUCCUCAAGAUUUAGAAGAUGAAUACGGUGGUUUACUAAGCGAACGUGUAAUAGAUGAUUUUGUCGAGUUUGCCAACUUCACCUUCCACGAGUACGGCCACAAAGUGAAGAAGUGGAUCACGGUCAAUGAGCCAUGGGUGUUUAGCAGAGCCGGUUACGACAUUGGCAAGAAAGCGCCGGGACGUUGCUCCAAAUAUAUCAACAAGAGUUGUCUUGGAGGUAACUCCGGACACGAGCUUUACAUUGUUAGCCACAAUCUUCUCUUGGCUCAUGCCGAAGCCGUUCAAGAGUUUAGGAAAUGCGCAAAGUGCAAAGGUGGAAAGAUCGGGAUUGCGCAUAGUCCUUCUUGGUUUGAGCCUCACACUCUUAAGUUUAGUCUACAUGCCAAUGCUUCCGUGGAACAAGCCCUAGAGUUCAUGUUGGGAUGGCACAUGAAUCCAACUACGUUUGGUGAUUAUCCACAGAUAAUGAAGGACCAAGUCGGAGAUCGGUUGCCUAAAUUCACAGAGGAUCAAAAGCAGAAAUUGAAGAUGUCAUAUGAUUAUGUUGGGAUUAAUUAUUAUACUUCCACCUUCGCUGCUUAUAAUGGAUUUAUUGAUCCCUCAAAGCCAAGUUGGGAAUCUGACUCUCUUGUUAAGUGGGAACUUAAUUUGGUUUUUCAGCCAAGAAUACUAGGCUACCACAUUGGUAGCAAGGUAUACUAA